AUGAAGCCAUAUGCUCUCCUUCGUUAUGUUGCUUUUUCAGCUUGGGCUAUUUCUCCAGGCAAUUGCGCCAAAUGCCGCAAGCUUCCCACAGAUUCGGACUGGCCAAGUUCUGAUAUUUGGCAGGCAGCACUGCCAGGUGUGAUUCCGAUCACAGACAACUCUACAACUGGUUCUCUCCCGAACUACCGAUUCCGUGCUCACUCUAUCGAAGAUGUUCAGGCUGCGGUUCGGUUUGCCGCGGAACAGAACGUCCGCAUUACCGUGGUCACCACGGGACACGACCAGCUUGGUCGCAACGACGCUGGAUCUGGUCUUCUACUCGACCUAUCUUAUCUGAGAGGCAUUCAUGUCCAUGAAUCAUUUACUGCGACUGAGACUGGUACAGCCAGGCUCAACCACGAGGAGGAACCCAACGUCAUCACUCCCGUUGAGGGGGUUCAAGCUGCUGUUACGUUUGGACCGGCGGCAGCUGGACUUUUCCUGAACUACGCACUUGAUUCAUCUGGCUUAUUCACCGUGAGUGGGGCUGCAGCCACUGUGGCCGUCGGCGGAGGUUGGGGCCAGAAUGGCGGUUAUGGGCCGCUCACAUCUCAGUAUGGGCUUGGAGUCGAUCAGUGGCUUGAAGCCAAAGUGGUAACACCCGACGGGCAGCUUCGUAUCGCAAACGCCAAAACAAAUACGGAUCUCUUCUGGGCCAUCCGUGGUGGCGGCGGCGGUACGUUUGGUGUCGUUGUGGAAGCCACCUGGAAAGUGUAUCCCACAGUUCCUCUGACCGGUUUCAACUGGUGGAUCAAUUCAACACUCACAGGACCAGAGUCGACCGACUAUGAAACUGGACGGACACCGGUCAGCGAGGCUAUGGCGUACCUCUUAUCCGAGUUGCCUGGUAUCCAAGAGAAGGGAAUUACUGCGUAUAUUUAUGUUUCAGCUACCAGUGUUCGUGGCUACGCUAUUCAUCCAGCAGACCGUGCGGGUGUGGCAAAUGCAAACGCCGUAUGGGGUCCGAUUCUGUCGAAAAUUCAGGAAUUCCCUGGUAUGACGCCUUUCCAGACGCGGCCUUAUGACUUUGUCGACUACAAGGACUUCUUCGACACAACUUACGGCCCGCUUCCGAAUCCCGGAGAUGAGCCCGCCGCGCCUUACAGCCGUGGCAUCGUCACCUUUGACAGUCGACUACUUGCCGCCGAGCACUUCCGCAGUCCCAACAUCGCCUUUGCGUUGCGUGAAACGAGAGGGAGCUAUGGUAUUCUGGUUUGCUCGCCAGGUGGCAGAGUCGGGGACGGAGCCGACACCUCCAACAACCCGGGUUGGCGGAAGGCCGUCGCGCUUGUGGUUGGCUACAAGACGAACACAACCAGUGUAGACGGUCUAAGACGUCUUGCGCCCGAUAUGGGUACAUACAUUAACGAGGCGAGCACUGAACAGGAGAACUGGACUUCUGCGUUCUGGGGCGCAAACUACCCGCGUCUUUCUGAGAUCAAAUCCCAGAUCGACCCGAACAUGACGUUCUGGAUUAGUCCUGGAAUCAAUGCCGAUCACAUGGCGGCGGUCGAUGGACGUGCUUGUCUCGUCGAACCUACACCCGAGACGCCUUCUCUGAUCCCUCCACCAACUGAGAAACAUGUUAUCGCAGACUUGGGGAAAGACGGCCACUUUCUUUUCGGUGAUAAAGAGCUUAUAGGCACCACUUACCCGGCUCCUGGAACAUGGGAAGGCUUACAGUCCGCUGCUUCGUCUUGA